AUGCCUCAAGAUGAGGGCUUAGUUCGACAAAGGAGGAGGCCAACGACCAUCAGUUCCAGGGAGUGGGGGUGCCGAGACGGCUAUGGGGACACCAAAGAGCCGAGCAUCUCGCCGGAGGCGGUGCAUGCCUUGCUUGGGAAGGACCUCACGACCGAGCAGCGCUUGAAGCUCAGCUCCACUGCCAUCGACGCGGUCAUCAAAGGCGACGACACCGACGACCGAAGGCAGGACGCAGCAGCAACCGAGGAGCGCGGCAGCGUGGAGAAGGAGACGGAGGCAGUGCCGGAGACCACCACCGAGGGACAGCAGGCGCUGGGACAGCUGGGACAGAUCCUUCUCAUCUCAGGACAGAAGCUGUUGCAAGUCAAAGCUCCGGCGACAUGGACCACAACAAAGCUGAAGAAAGUAGUGACGGAGGAGCUUGCAAAUUCAAACCGCAUGGAAAGCCUGCAGAAGCUGGUCCACGUGGGACGAGAUGAGCCAAUUCCAGAUGGUAAAUCCUUGGAAGCCGUUGGCUUAAAGGAUGGGUCUGAGAUCUAUGCAAUCCUGCACAUGCCCGAGUACGAGGACGAGGAGGCGGAGGAUUCGGACUGGUUGGAUGAUGACCUGUUUGACUUGGACUUCGUGAGACCGGCACGUGGAGACUGGGAUGCUUGCCACGUGUGCGGUCGGAACCGCGGCUGUGACUACUACGGUGGUGAAUGCCGAAGACUCCGUGGCAUCCGAGCCACUGGGCAAAAAGAAGUGACGGUGCAGAAGAGCGCGGAGGAUGAGUCGGAGUUCCAACAGCCCUACAAGGAUUCGCUCGACUACCUGAACGAUCAGUUCAGCCUCCUGGAAUGCGAGAUUCGCAUCGCCGAGCACCGGCGACAAAGCACCAAGGAGGACGUGGGUGUCGAGGAGCCAUUCUUACUGCGUUCCCGGAAGAUCAACGUCUUUGAGCACGAGGCGAAGCGAAAGCUGGCCUUGGCGCGGAUUCACCACCGAUUGAAGCUCACCAAGGAAGCAGGUUUGGAAGUGCCGCGACUGGAAGUGCUAUUGCAGAAGACCAAGCUCUUGCUGUGGGAGACAAACUCCCUCCCUGUGGUGAUGUUGGUGGGCAACACCUUGUCACCCAAGAUCCAAGCCACCCUCAACGUGGGUGAGCGCCGCUUCUGCGUGAACGCGCCCCUGCAGGUGCGAGUGAUCUUGGAGACCUUCUGCCGGGAUUUCAAGGAAGAGGUGCAGAAGAGAGUGUACUUCUACAAGUCCAGCAGGUUGGCGAGCAGUGGCAUCAUCCGGAUUGGCGCUGGCGCGCGCAGCGGGGACUUGACGGGGCACACGGUGCACAUCGACCGGAGGAUCUUGGACUUCGUCGUCGGCCUGGACACCGUGCGGACGCCCCAGACGCCCAGACCGGAGAUCAACGAGGUCGUCGAAGGAUCCAACUUGUACAAACCCUCGGCGACGCUGGAGCAGUUGGUCUUGCCGGAGGACAUGAAGCAGGGCAUCUUGGCACUGGUGGACAAUUUCGAGCAGUUCUGCCGCUACCGGAAAUCCAGUGGGCUGGACGAUGUCAUUGCGCACGGCUCCGGCUUGGUGCUGAUGUUCUGUGGGCCCAGUGGCACAGGUAAGACCUUGAUGGUGAACGCAUUGGCGGCACAUUUGGAGAAGCGGGUCUUGCUGGUGAAUUUCAAGACCUUGUACAGCCACAACGAUACCGGGCUGCACGAGGAGGACGGCUCCAAUGUCCUGAAGCUCUUCCGAGAAGCGGAAAUGAGCGAUGCUGUGUUGUUCUUCGACGAGUGCGAAUCCCUCUUCAGCCAGCGCGGCAGCGGUGGCAGCUCUGAGCUCACGGCCCUGCUGACGGCUAUGGAGCGUUAUGAGGGCAUCAUCUUCUUGGCCACGAACAGGCCCUUCGAUCUGGAUGAAGCCAUGUACCGGCGUAUCACCUCGGUCUUCACCUUCAGCAAACCUGAUCAUGUUCAACGUCUAGAAAUUUGGAAACUUUACACACAGACAGGGGUCCCGUUGGCACUCGACAUCGAUUGGGAGAAGAUCGCCAUGAAAUUUGCACUGACUGGUGGGUACAUCAAGAAUGCAAUUGUGAGCGCUUUGCUCCUGGCCAUCUCGCGAAACAACGUGGAUCCGAAGGUGACCGAAGAGGAUAUCACGGGUGGCUGCAUCAUGCAGGUCCGUGGCUCCUUGCAGAUGCAGAGCUUCGCCAAGCGUUUGGUGCCGCGGGCGGGGCUGGACUCCCUGGUCCUGGCGCCCAAUCUGAAGCAGAAGCUCCUGGAGAUCGUGGCCUUCGAAAAAGCGCGGCCGCUGUUGCUGGAGAGUUGGGGUUUUGGAGACCCCGGCAGCUUGGCACAGCUGGGCAGCGGCCGAAGAGAGGCCGAAGUCAUAAGGGUUUUUCCCAGACAGAUCUGUUUGUGA